AUGUCCUACAAGGCUCAAGCUGAAGAAAAACAUCUUAAGGUGAAACACCAGAAAGCCAAAGUUUUCAGAGCUUCUGAACCUCUUCUCGGUUUUCAUGUGGGUAUUAACCAUACAAUUAAUGAAUUAACUCAUGUUAAUAUUCCUGUUAUGCUGAUGCCCGAUGAUUUCAAAGCAUACACCAAGAUACGAGUUGAUAAUCAUCUUUACAACAAAGAAAACAUGCCGUCUCACUUCAAAUUCAAAGAAUAUUGUCUGGUGUUCAGAAACCUACGAGAAAGGUUUUGCUUAAGUGACUCGGAGUAUCUCAGAAGUUUGACUAAAUGUCAACCUGAUCCGUUCGGUGAAUCUUCUGGUCGAUCUGGUGCAAGAUUUUAUGGAUCUUACGAUAAUUUUCUUCUCCUCAAAACCCUCUCUUCGGAAGAGGUUGAACAAAUGCACUCAUUUCUCAAAUCGUACCAUCCCUAUGUGGUUGAAAGACAUGGUAAAACUCUGUUACCCCAAUAUCUUGGAAUGUACAGGAUAACGGUUGAAGCGACGGAAACUUAUAUUGUUGUGAUGAGAAAUAUACUUUCAGCACCAAUACCAAUUCACAAGAAGUAUGACUUAAAGGGAUCAACAGUUGACAGAGAAGCAAGUGAAAGGAGAGAGAAACCAUUACCCACCCUGAAGGAUAAUGAUUUUGUUAAAGAUGCGAUCAACCUUAAUCUACCUUCACAGGCGAAACAAAAUUUCCUCACCAUGUUAGAGGCUGAUACCAAAUUUCUUUCCGGUAUGAACCUUAUGGACUAUUCAUUGUGUCUAGGAAUCCAUGAUUGUGACAAAUAUGAACAAGAAUUGGUUGAAUAUGCAGCCUCUGGUAAUGCAUGUAGUGAGGAAGAUGAUGGUGAAUCUAGUGGAGGUAAUCCAGGUUCUCUACCUCCGAUUGCUGGUUCACCCUCUGCUUCUGGAACCGGAGAUUUACCCAUGGUACCAACACCCCCUGACUCACCCAGACUUCAGCACAAAAGCUCCAAUGCAAGUGAAAACGAGUUAUCCAACAAAGGUCCAAUCGAUCCUAAACGAGAUAUCUAUGCUAUCGAGAGCAGCCCAGAAAAUGGAAAAAAGGAAAUCUAUUUCAUGGGUCUUGUCGAUAUUCUCACCCAAUAUGGUCUGAGGAAAAGAACUGCACAAGCUGCAAAGAGUGUUAAACAUGGAACUUCAGCUGAAAUUUCAACAGUUCACCCUGAUCAAUAUGGAAAACGUCUUUGUGAUUUUAUCUGUAAAUCCAUCGUUUAAACUAAUCAUCCCCCAUUAUUUUCUGUUCUCUUUCUCUUCCUUUGCCUUAGUCUUAUCAUUUCGCCAAAUUUUAAGUCAUUUUUUUUCUAAUUGUUCGAUUUUGCUCUCAUCUUCUCUAUGAUUUCCAAAUGCAAUGAUUUUACUUAAGUCGACAUUUAAAUAAUAAAAAAAAAAAUGUAGCCUAGAUAAUUGAUAAAACAAUCGUGAAUAAAAGUUAUGAAAAUUUACGUAGGCUAA